GUGGAAGCCAUUAUGGGCUUGAGGGAAGUGAAGGGACGCACCGAGUACAAAGUGCGAUGGAAGGGCUGGAGUGCAAAGUAUGAUUCAUGGUUGUCAGAGGAGGAGUUGAAUUGCCCUGACCUCCUAAAGCGAUUCCUAUCAACCUUAGAGAAGUUGGAGAAGCAGGAAGAUUGGCAGGUGGAGAAGAUCUUGGACUCCAAAGAGAAGAAGGGUAAGAUUGAGUAUUUGAUCCAGUGGAAGGGUUGGGGGCCCAAGUACAACACCUGGGAACCUGAGGAAAACCUCUCUGGCUGUCAGCAGAUCUUAGAGCGUUUCAAAGAGAGUCAGCAGAAGGAAAAGGAUAAGAUGCUGAAGGAGGGGCGGAGAAUGCGAGAGGAGAGGCCUACAACCCAGAGGUUUGUUGACAACUUCUCAGAAGGAACUCGCUCACGGUCCCGAAGAGCUGGCAAAAACCGUUCAUAUUCAGAGUUUUAUAACCAGUGAACUUGUGACAGGUAGAGAAAGAGAAUGAUAAGGAGAAAAAAACUCUUCUUUACCAUUUAGAAGAAAAAAAUAAUAAUUUUUUAAGGAGCAUGAAACUUUAUAGGAAGAAAAAAAGUUGAAUACCUAUAUGUUGAGAAUUCAUUAGCAGUGCAGUGUAUUUUAGGGUGUGUUGUGUAUCCAUUGGCAUUGCAAUGGUAGUGAAUACUCACUUUACUUUCAUAGAAGAAGAAAAAAACAUUGUGAGAAUAAUCACAUGCAGAGUAGAAAAUGUUUUAGUUAUCAUGUCCUAUUUUUGUAGAGCAGAAAGUCCUGUAUUAGCAGAAAAUUGUUAUAUAAUACAUAUCCAUUCAUUUGUAAAGUUGUAGAUUUUUGUUAUCUAGAUGGAACUCUUAAUUCUUGUUGCAUUCUUGUCUAUUAUAUUUUUGCUUGUUUUAGAAAGUUAUGGAUCUAACUUCUCAUUAUUUUUAGUUACUCAAAAGUCAUGGGUGAAAAAUAGGUUAUGUAGAUGUGUCAGUGCCUGUGAAAAUUGGUCAACUCCAACUGGCUAACUUAGAAAUUGAAAUAAUGCCAGAUAGAACUCAGUGAUGCUGAUAUAUCUGUGCUGCAGGAGUUUUGCAGUUUUUUUUUCACCUGUGCUCAAAAGCUGAUUUUUGCAUUUUUAUCUGUGAGGAUUUCACAUAUUAAUAAAGGAUUUUUUUUUUACAUUUUAGGUUUGUAACAUUUGCAAAUGUUUUAUAUUUUGAUACAUUUUUUUAGAAAUCUUAUUCCCAGAUAGUAUGAAUUCUUUACACAUUUAUAGUUGUACAUAUAUGUAAUUCACUGGUGUAAUAUGGGGAUGUAAAUUAAAGCACAUAAUUAUUACCAUAGGAUAUGUCCAAAGCAUGAGUUUCAUGUAUCAUAAAAUGUAUUCAGAAUAGUUUCCAGAUGUUACUCUAAGGGAAAUAUUUCCCUGAUGUCUGAAAAUAGCAAAAAAAAAAAAAAAAAAAAAAAA